UGAAAAAAAUCUCGUCUCAAGUAAAGCAAACAGAAAAAAGAAACAGCGACCAUAAGAAGAGGGAAGAACAAUAAAAAAAAUUAGGGUUUCAGAAGGUAAAAAUUAGAAAAAUGGAGGGAGCAGAAGAAGGAGGAAUAGAGAGAGUACCUGAUUCCAAGGACUUACAGCAACAGAGCAAAGCACUUGAUAAGCUCACCGACCGUGUCGAAGAUCGCCAGUUAGAUUCUACUCGCGUUCAAGAGGCUAUGGCUUCAAUUGCUGCCUCUGCAGAAGCUGAUUGGAAUAUUAUGAGACUCAGGGAGAAAGAACUGGCUGCUGUUAAGAUCAAUGCUGCUGACGUCGACAUCAUUGCCAAUGAGCUAGAGUUGGACAAGAAAGUGGCAGAGAGAACAUUAAGGGAGCACAAAGGUGACGCUGUAGCUGCAAUUCAACAUCUUCUUCGCUAGAAAUCAUUUUUGACAAAUUUACAUUGUGUUUGAAGUUUUGUUGAGAUCUGCUGAGAAACAACUCUUGGAAUUUGAACAAGAAAAAUCAUUUUAAAUCUACUGUAACUGCUUACCGAUUGCAUGUC